AAUUAUAUACUAGACCAAAAGCAUCCCUACCUCUCUCGCUCCGCCCUCUAUAAAACAGUAUAAUCUUGAUUCAAUUUUCAUUUCAAGUUUCUCUGUGUGACAGAACAUCAAAGCUUUGUUUUCUCUCAUUCUCUGUUCUUGACAAAGCCACAAGUCAAGAGUAAUGGUGAGAGUCUUUCUUCUCUACAACCUCAUUAACUCAUUUCUUCUCUGUUUGAUUCCCAAGAAGCUUAGAGUUCUCUUCCCUCCUUCUUGGUACAUGGACGACAACAUCCCACCACCACUUUCAGAGCCAGAACCGGAAUCUCGUGAGGCAAGAACAGACCCGGUGGAUCUGAAACGAGUGUUUCAGAUGUUCGACAAGAACGGAGACGGCCGCAUCACAAAGGAAGAGCUAAAUGAUUCUCUAGAGAACCUAGGGAUCUUCAUGCCAGACAAAGAUCUGAUCCAAAUGAUCAAGAACAUUGAUGCAAAUGGAGAUGGUUGUGUAGACAUACAGGAGUUUGAAUCUCUUUACGGUUCUAUUGUUCAAGAAAAAGAGGAAGAGGAUAUGAGAGAUGCGUUCAAUGUGUUUGAUCAAGACGGCGAUGGGUUUAUUAGCGUUGAGGAGUUAAAGUCUGUGAUGUCUUCCUUGGGACUCAAGCAAGUUAAAACACUAGAGUGUUGUAAAGAGAUGAUUAUGCAAGUGGAUGAAGAUGGAGAUGGUAGAGUCAAUUACAAGGAGUUUCUUCAGAUGAUGAAAACUGGUGGAGUUAGCAAUACAUCAUCAUCAAGUUAAGCUGAUAUGAUCUUUUUUAUUCCUAAGUAAAUAGCGUAAUGUAAUGAAUCUUGAAUUGAGUGGUUAAAAACAAUUAGAUAAAAAGAUAUUUGACUUUUCCUGCCAAAUGUUAGUUAUUGUUUGUAAGUGUAUCUAAAGUUGGUGAUGGUUACUUAGGGCUCAAGCAAGAUAACACCCUAGAGUUAUGAACACUCCACUGCGUGAGGCGGUGACUCUAUAUAUAGCUUACUUGAUUCCACCAGGAGAGGAGUAUCUUACAGAGGAUUUUGAUAGAGCUU